GCCACCCAGCAGCGCUGCUGUCCCCGCGGUGCAUCGGUCGCUGUCCCAGCUGUGCGCUCGCCGCGUCGUCGGUGCUGUGCUCGCGGUCUCCAGCGGCCCGCACCAGCUCGAGCGUCCGGCCUCGGGCGAUCGCCGGCAAGCGGCUCGCCAGGGCAGUACAGGAAGUACCUACCAGGGCAGGCGCUGUCCAGCCCGGGGUCCGGGCACAGCCAGUUGAGGGUCGAGGCGCGUGGACGUCGGGGUGGCCACCAUGGUGGCCACGUGCCUGCAGGUGGUGGGCUUCGUCACGAGCUUCGUGGGCUGGAUCGGCAUUAUCGUCACCACAUCCACCAAUGACUGGGUGGUGACCUGUGGCUACACCAUCCCCACCUGCCGCAAGCUGGACGAACUGGGUUCCAAGGGGCUGUGGGCCGACUGCGUCAUGGCUACGGGGCUGUACCACUGCAAGCCCCUGGUGGACAUCCUCAUCUUGCCCGGCUAUGUGCAGGCUUGCCGGGCCCUAAUGAUUGCUGCCUCAGUUCUGGGCCUGCCGGCCAUUUUGCUGCUGCUGACGGUUCUCCCCUGCAUUCGAAUGGGCCAUGAGCCUGGUGUGGCCAAGUACCGGCGGGCCCAGUUGGCAGGUGUCAUGCUCAUUCUGCUGGCUCUCUGCGCCAUCGUCGCCACCAUCUGGUUCCCUGUGUGCGCCCACCGUGAGACCACCAUCGUGAGCUUUGGCUACUCCCUGUACGCGGGCUGGAUCGGUGCAGUGCUGUGCCUCGUGGGUGGCAGCGUCAUCGUCUGCUGCGCUGGAGAUGCCCAGUCAUUUGGUGAAAACCGUUUCUACUACUCUUCGGGCUCCAGCUCCCCGACUCAUGCCAAGAGUGCGCAUGUAUAAGAGAGCGGCCACGGUACCCGUGGAGGUGCUGUAGAUGCCGGGCCUGUGGCCCUAGGUUCAUUCUCUGCCAGGCUCCAAAGCCAAAGGUCUAAACAUCCUGCCUGGUGUUCCGUAGUCUUAACACCACUCCCCGCCCCCACCCCCCACCACCACGUUUUGGUUGCCUUAAAAGAAAUCUCUGGCUCAGAUAAUGCCCACAUAGUUUCUACGGUGUUGCCCACGAUUAUCUCUUUUCUCGGGCAUCCCUUUGUUGUUUAUUAAAAAAAAAGAAUUUUUGUUUCUCUCUAAAUUUUAAAUGUCUUGCAAACACGACUGAGUUGGGUGCUGGUGGGGGAGCGAAAUAAGAAACACUUUUCAAACUGUUACAGAUGACAAUGGGAGUCUCAUAAAGAUGCCUCUCUGUUUGCUCCCUCCUCUUCCAUUCCAAGGUCAUUUACUUCUAAGAGAUAGAAAAAGAUAGAAUUGGGGACAUGGGGUGGGGAGGGAGGGGAAUUGUGGAACUUUCUCUCCGUGGGAAAGUUUCCCUUUUAUAAGUUGAGGGCAAGGGGUGGGGAUAUUUUUUAGUUUGUGAUUUUACAUUUAUCUGUACAUACUUUUUUCAAAAUCGAUUGUUUUUAUAACCAUGGUUUUCCUGAAAUUCUCAGUUCAUCAGUAUGAAGGAAAUGAACCAAAUAGACUUUAAUCAUGCAAUAAAUAACAGUACAAGUGAGUAUAACUUUUACUGAUGUUCCACAAAACAUUUUUGAUUUCCAGAGUUGUGUGAUAUACUUUUUAAUCCCACAUUUGCAUAUGCUUCAAAUUAACACAUUUUAAAAGCCCUUUUCCCUUUCUCUGUUUUUGUUCUGUUAGCUCUCUUGAAGCAAUGUUUAACGUAAGCUGUACUGUUGAAUUUGGCUUUACGGGUGUAAAUGCUGAUGGUGUUAUCAGCAUCUGAGACCCCAGACUCUCCAAACACGGAUGGUGCAUUUGGUUCCUUAAGUGAAAUCUGUGCAAUAAAAUAACAAACUGUCUGCAAAA